AUGGGCAGGUCCAAGGCAGAGAAGAAGGGUGAGGGGAUCCAACAGCGGCACCUUCACUCGAGGCUGUCAUAUCUGCAUCAGGCUGCGACCUAUCUCUCAACAGCACCCUGUCAGGCACCAGCCUCGAAUAAAACAGCAGACCACGAGACCGACAGCAGAAUUAAAGGACCCCUGACAAGAUCGCAAGACGGGUUUUCGACGAACGAAUCUCGACAUCUUUUGACGCAUGUUCGAGGAAUCUCGAGAAAGACUCAAAUCAGAGUGGCACGAGAUAUGAAGAGAUCACUCUGUAAGCGGUGCCAGAGUCUCCUCGUCGCCGGUUCAUCCAGCACAGAAGGUGUGCAGAAUCUCAGCAUAGACGAAUCGAAACCCUGGGCCGAUGUGUUUGAGAUCUACUGCAGCACCUGCGGCACAGUCAAACGCUUUCCUAUCGGCCAAACACGAACUAGACGGAAGGACGGCACGAAGGAACUUCCCCGUGGUUCCUCGGUCAGA